AUGGAGAGUGGCCAUCUUCCCGACAGUGCAAUAUCAGCAUCGACGUAUUAUGACGCUAGGCACAUCCCGCAGUUCUCGAGACUCAAUAAGAUUCCCAGUUCAGGUAAGGCAGGGGCCUGGUGCACACGUACAAACAAUGGUAACGAAUGGCUACAGGUCAACUUUGGGCGGGAAACAACUGUGACAAAAGUGGCCACUCAGGGGAGGUAUGACGCCGAUCACAGAUUGAUGAGCUACAGUUUGUCAUACAGUGUGGAUGGCUCUCACUGGGCCUGGUACAGACUCUCGGAUGGACAUAUCAAGGUGCUUGGUGGUAACAUCGACCGCAACACUCCAGUUUAUCAUUCCCUCCAUUUGCCAAUUCAAGCCAAAUAUCUUCGAUUCCACCCCAAGACAUGGGAUCGUCACAUCUGCACCAGAGCAGAGGUUUAUGGUUGCCAGGAAGGAUCGCUUUGUUCCCUUUCGCUCGGACUGGAAGAUGGCCGAGUUUCAGCCAGUGCCAUGUCUGCCUCAACUAUUGCUAGCAGUGCCCACGCUGCUAGUUUAGGCCGCUUGAAUCUUGCGGCUGCGUCAGGUAAAGUGGGUUCCUGGUGUGCCAAGAAAAACGACGUCAAUCAAUGGCUGCAGAUUGAUCUUGGGACUCUCACGACCGUUACAAAAGUAGCUACUCAAGGAAGGCAGGAUUACUCUCAAUGGAUAACAAGCUACUCAUUAUUUUACAGCCUGUCCGGCUCUUACUGGGUCCAGUACACUGUGCGUGGUAAUAAGAUGGUUUUUCGGGGCAAUUUCGAUCGCGGUACCAUUAUUGUCCACCAGAUCUUCCCACCAAUUCAUGCCCGGUUUGUCCGAAUCCAGCCUUUAACUUGGCAAAGCCAUAUCAGCAUGCGUGCUGAGUUGUACGGCUGUCCAAUUAAGGGAAUCAAAGAUGGGCAAAAGGCACUGAGACGGAGAAGUAAAGAAAGUCUGCUCGUUACCAAAGUUCACUUGUCCGUUGCAAACUUAAUCAGUAGACCUGAAGUUUAA